AUGUCUAGAAAGUUAGAGGAGAGAUUACCCGGUCAGUUUACGGGUAACACCCAACCUAACCCGAAUGCUCAUGUAAAGGCCAUUACCACUCGUAGUGGCAAAACAGUAGGGAACCCUAGUGUUGAAGAGAGAGUGGUUGAGGAAGAUGAAGAGAUCAAAAUGGAGGCUCCCGGCAAAGUGCAAUCGAGGCUGCGCCUAGCAAGUACCACACAGUCCGAGGAGUCUCAAAGUGAGAAGAAAGCUGAGAAAACGCCCGUAGACGUUAGAUCGUCUCCUUUAGUAGACCAUUCGUAUAUCCCGUUUCCCUCACGUCUUAAGAACCAAAGAUACUCAAGGGAAUACGGGCAAUUUCUAGACAUCUUCAAGCAAUUGAAGAUUAAUCUUCCGUUUAUCAAGGCACUUCUGUCGAUGCCUAAAUAUGCGAAAUUUUUAAAGGACCUUCUUAGGAAUAAGGAGAAGUUAGGGGAGUUGUCGAAUGUCCCAUUGCAUGGAGGGUGUUCGGCCGUUGUCUUAAAUCAGCUUCCCGAAAAGCUUACCGAUCCCGGUGUUUUCACAAUUCCUUGUCUAUUCGGUAGUAACACCAAUACUAAAGCCUUAGCUGACCUAGGUGCUAGCAUCAAUUUGAUGCCCUUUUCUCUUUAUGAGAAGCUAGACUUAGGCGAGCUUUCACCUACCCGAAUGACAUUAUCCUUAGCUGAUAGGUCAGUCAAACACCCGAGGGGCAUAGUUGAGAAUUUGCUUGUUAAGGUUGAUAAGUUCGUUUUUCCGGCCGAUUUCGUCAUUCUCGAUAUGGAAGCCGAUGAAAACGUACCAUUAAUUUUAGGACGCCCGUUCUUGAACACCGCUAAAGCUCUCAUAGAUGUCUUUUUAGGCACCAUCACACUUAGAGCAGGCGAGGAAUCGGUAGUUUUUAAGGUUAUGAAUUCGAGAGGGCCUAGUGAUAGAGUGCAGGCGGUAUCGUUAGUGGGUGAGUGUGAGAAGGACGAGAGAGAUGAGAAGGUGGUGAGUGGUCCGAGUCUAGAGAAAGUGAUAGGACUCAAGUGUGGGGAUCCACCUGAUAGGAGAGUAGAGGAAUUAGAAGAGAGAAUGGUGCGUUUAGAAUCUAAGCUAGAGAUACUAAGCAAGGCUAAGUGUGGGGAUGUUUGA